AUGCACGCGCGUCGAGCAACUCACUUCUGUCAAAAUCUAAGCCAAAUAAGACAAUCAGACACACCACAGAUCAUUAGCUUUACGACAUCUGAGGCUACGCAGCUACUCAAUCCGCACCAUGAUGCUUUGGUCAUAUCUUCGAACAUCGUCAACUGCUUAGUCAAGUGCAUUUUGAUAGACAACAGCAGUAGUGCAAACGUACUUUUCCUGGAGACCGUUAAGGCAAUGGGAAUUCCAGAAGAUAACAUUACAUGCCGGACGAUCAACGUUUCAUCAGCAAUCCCAGCCCACCAUCCCAAAUCAACCAGAUGUGGAAGAACUAGACGAAAUACAGAUCCACCCCGACUUCCCAGAUCACAAAACUCGAGUCAGAGCAAGGUUAGAACCAGAGCUCAGGAAAUGCCUGAUCAAAUAUUGAUGCACCCAGCUGACCAAGAGAAAAUCACUUUCAUGACAGAGCGAGACACGUUCUGUUACAAGGUUAUGCCAUUCGGACUAAAAAACGCGGGAGCAACAUAUCAACGACUAGUAAAUCGUAUGUUCGCUGAGCAACUCAAAAAAUCCAUGGAAGUCUACAUUGACGAUAUGCUGGUGAAGUCUUUGAUUGCAAAGCAACAAAUAGACCACCUUAAGCAGUCUUUCGAGGUUCUAAAGAAAUACAACAUGAAGCUUAAUCCGUCCAAGUGUUCAUUCAGAGUAUCCUCUGGCAAGUUUCUGGGUUACUUAGUAACACAACGGGAAAUCGAAGCAAAUUCGGACCAAAUCCAAUCAAUCAUUAACAUUCCAUCUCCAACUUGUAUCAAGGAAGUUCAAAGGCUUACUGGAAGGCUUGCAACUCUUAACAGAAGUGCUUCAGAAACUCAAACAACAUCUGACAUCACCACCACUCCUAUCGAAAUCGAAAGACGGAAACAACUAUACAUGUACUUGGCAGUUUCGGAGAUGACGGUCAGCGCAGUCUUGGUCUGUGAAGAACAUGGAAAGCAACUCCCAAUCUACUAUGUUAGCAAGGCAUUGCUGGAUGCAGAAACCCGCUAUAGCCAACUGGAGAAAUUAGCUUUGUCACUUGUUAGUGCAGCUCGAAAGCUAAGACCGUACUUCCAGAGCCAUUCAAUAGUACUCACGGGUUUCAUCGCUGAUUUUGCACCUAACUCACAUGUUUUGGCCCAAAGAGAACUUCUCUGCUUGACAAAUGGACAGGAAACAGGCAUAUGGACGCUCCAGGUAGACGGGUCGAGCAACAUCAAUGGUACAGGACUUAGCAUUGUCUUAACAUCACCGGAAGGAGAUCAAAUAGAACAGGCAAUUAGGUGUGAAUUCAAGGCAACCAACAAUGAGGUAGAUUACGAAGCACUUAUUGUUGGACUAGUCUUAGCAAAAGAGAUCGAAAUCACCCGAAUAGACAUCUACAGUCAUUUUCAGCUUAUUGUAAACCAAGUACAGGGCACCUUCCUUGCCAAAGACAUAAAGAUGACAUCCUACCUAGAGUUGGCCAAGCGGCUCUGCAAAGAGUUUGAUGAGUUCCAUAUCACUCAAGUCCCACGAACUGAAAACAUCCAAGCAGACGCACUAGCCAGCCUCGGAGCAACUAUGAAUAUGAAACAAAGUAAGUCCUGGAUGACACCGAUCAUCAGGUACCUCCAAAUUGAUGAGUUGCCAGCAGAUAAGAAUGAAGCUCGACGAACUAAAGCUAAGGCUGCGAGAUUUUGCAUUAUAGACAUAAGUUGUAUAAAAGAUCAUUCUCUAGACCCUAUCUCCGAUGCAUCAGCAACGCAGAGGUCGAAUAUGUCUUGGCUGAACUUCAUGAAGGGGAGUGUGAUAAUCACUCGGGAGCCCGGAGCCUGGCGUAUUAUGCCAACGAUUUGCCAAUGUCUCCCACCUUCCACCAGAACGGCUCAACCCCAUUCUUUCACCUUGGUCGUUCAUGAAAUGGGGGAUGGACAUAUUGGAAAACUCUCCGCUGCUCCAGGACAACGAGUUUUCAUGCUAGCAGUCACAGACUAUUUCACGAAAUGGAUUGAAGCUGAGGCACUCUCAAAGUGGAACAUCAAGCUAAACUUCUCCACUCCGCGAUAUCCCCAAGCCAAUGACAAGUUGCCUGGUGUCCUUUGGUCAUAUCGCACCACUGUUCGAACAUCCACUGGUGAAACGCCUUUCUCGUUAGCUUACAACAUGGAAGCGAUCAUACCAGUAGAAAUAGGCACUCCAACAUUUCGGUAUGAAUGGACAACUGAUGAGCAGAAUCAAGUCGAGUUGUGCCAUGAGUUAGAUUUGGCGGAUGAACGAAGAGAAAGAACUUUGAUUCAUACGGUGAGAGCUAGAACCUUCAAAGAAGGCGAAUGGAUGCUGCAAAGAGUAUUUCAAAACGCCAAGGAAGCUGGUGCCGGAAAGCUUGCAGCAAAUUGGGAAGGAUCAUACCUGAUCACAAAGGUCGUUGGGCAAGGAGCUUAUAAGCUAUGCACCCAAGACUGUAGAGAUAUCACCAACAGCUGA